GUGGUGUUUGUGAUAAAAAAAAUCUGCAUUUUGAAGGAAAUUUAGUCCUUAGCGAACGGAUUUCUGAACCUCUUAUUUAUAAGGAUUGAUUUCGAGUCUCAGCAUGAAUAACUCGUGGUCACCAGAAGAAGGAGGACCUGAGGCAUGGUGGCCACCUAUGUUAAAUACCACCUACUGGUUAACAACACACAAUACUUCAUAUUAUGAUGAAUAUGAUGAUCUUUACGAAGUUCCAGCUGGAAUAAUAGCACUUCUGAGUGUGUGCUAUGGAAGCAUAUCCGUUUUAGCUGUGGUAGGAAAUUCCCUCGUGAUGUGGAUCGUAGCCACUUCAAGGCGAAUGCAAAGUGUCACGAACUGCUUCAUUGCCAACCUCGCAUUUGCCGACAUUGUCAUCGGAUUGUUCGCAAUUCCCUUUCAAUUUCAGGCAGCUUUACUCCAACGAUGGAUAUUGCCAUACUUCAUGUGUGCGUUUUGCCCUUUCGUGCAGGCAUUAUGUGUCAAUGUUUCGGUAUUCACACUCACAGCAAUUGCAGUAGAUAGACAUCGGGCCAUUCUCAGACCAUUAAGUGCUAGGCCAAGCAAACUUAAAGCCAAAGUAAUCAUUGCUGGGAUUUGGUUGGUCAGCGGAGCUUUAGCGGUACCAAUGGCAGUAGCCUUGAGAGUGGUUAUGCUUCCGGAAAGUAAUAGCGUUGGACGAAUUCAUCUGAAGCCCUUUUGUAGCAACGAAAAUUUAACCGAAAGAUCAAUGCUGACAUACAGAGCAGUUUUGGCUUUCCUUCAAUAUCUCACACCCCUGACUAUCAUCUCUUGCGUUUACGCACGAAUGGCUCUGAGAUUAUGGGGAAGUCGAGCCCCUGGGAACGCCCAAGACUCAAGGGACGCUAAUUUAAUGAAGAAUAAGAAAAAGGUGAUCAAAAUGUUAGUAAUAGUCGUGGCAAUAUUCGCAGUAUGUUGGUUGCCACUUCAAACUUACAACGUUCUUCAGUACACGUAUCCAGAAAUAAACGAGUAUCGUUAUAUCAACAUCAUUUGGUUUUGUUGCGACUGGUUGGCGAUGUCCAACAGCUGCUACAACCCUUUCAUCUACGGAAUCUACAAUGAGAAAUUCAAAAGGGAAUUUCAAUUAAGAUGUCCGUGUCGAUCUCGCAAGUGGUCUUCGAGUCCGCCAACAGACAGUUUGGAUAUGGAUAAAACGCAAAGUACCAGAGCGUCCAUUAGAUAUGAUUGGCGAAGACCAGCGUCUGGUGGAUGUCCAGCAGCAGCUUCCUUCUACAGAAGCGCGUCAAUGAGGGAAUCUUCGCGGCUAAUGGUAUUAAACGGAACUGAAAUAUCGACACGUUCCCUGAAUUCAGCCGGAUGUUGUGUCCGAAACGGUCACGAUAACCAGUCUUCCAUUCCCAAGACAUUAGAGAGAACGACGGAGUUGUAUGUAUUCUCUUCUGGAAGACACAAACACACACGUGAUCUUGCUGACCAAGAACUUUGUUUAUAAUCUUAGCGCACGUAGUAUAUUUGGACAACUUUUUAUCAAAAGAAACAUGUUCAAAAAGAAAUUGAUUGGUCAAGAAAAUAUAGAAAUACGUAAUAAUACGUAUAUACAGAAUAAAACACCGAUGCACAGUCGGACAAAAUAGAAAAAGGAGGUUCAAAAUAACUUGUAGAAGCCAACUUGUGACCGAUUCAUUUUCGUUUGAAAAAUCAAACCAUUUCCUUUGUUUAAAAUUUUUUGUUAAUGGAGGGGAAAUUAUAGCAGGGAAAGCAGGAAAUGAGGGGAAAUUAAGGGUGGUGAGGCAGUCGGAAUAAUAGAAGUAAGAGGAAGUGAGA